AUGUUCAAUCGUCAAAGGAGAGUGUUUGGCGGUGCUAGGCGGUUUUUUUCGCACAAGAAAGAUGAAAUGACCAGCUCACACGUACCAGAAAGCCAGAUUUCGCGAAUCUACCACUACGGGUCAUUGGUCGGCUCUCUCGGUUUUGGUGCUUUAGGAGAGGGUCUGAGACGAGCGACGGGUUCUGGGGGAUCGGGAUCUAUGCUGCUUUCCGAAGCCAAUUUAGAGCGAAUGGUACGCAAAUUGAGCCAGAUGCGGGGCGCUGCUCUUAAAAUUGGUCAACUCAUUUCUUUUCAGGACGAAAAAGUGAUUCCACCCGCCAUUCAUCAGGUGCUGGCGCGUUUACAGAGCAGAGCUAAUUAUAUGCCCAAACGACAGCUGGAAAAAGUCAUGCAAAGCAGCUUGGGUGGCGAUUGGCGCAACAUGUACAAGGAAUUCGACGAAAAGCCAUUUGCCGCUGCAUCCAUUGGUCAAGUUCACCGGGCUGUAUUGAAAUCUGGGGAACUGGUCGCCGUAAAAGUUCAAUACCCUGGGGUUGCCAACAGUAUCGAUUCAGACUUGAACACGAUUUCUUUACUACUUUUAGGUUCAAGAAUGCUUCCCGAGGGCAUGUUUCUCGACAAAACUAUUGCAAACGCUCGCACUGAAUUGGCGUGGGAAUGCGAUUAUACACGUGAGGGAGACGGGGCCAAGAAAUUUGGAGAAUUUCUAAAAGACGACGAGGUCUUUGGUGUUCCGAAAGUUUAUGAUGAAGCUUCUACGAGUCAGGUUCUUACUAUGGAGUUUAUGCCCGGCGUCGAAGUAUCGAAGCAGAAAUGGAGUCAAGAGGAGGCCAACUGGAUCGCCACCAAUAUCAUGCGGUUAUGCUUGCUUGAAAUUGCCAAGUUCAAAUGUAUGCAGACUGAUCCCAACUGGGCCAAUUUUUUGUACUCUGCCCCCGAUAAGAAGCUCAACUUACUAGAUUUUGGCGCAACUAGAAGUUAUGGUGACACCUUCAUAACAAACUAUAUUGGCUGUUUGCGUGCCGCUGUUAAAGGUGACCGCCAAGGAGUUGAAGACUUCUCUUACAAACUUGGCUACUUGACCGGCAAUGAAUCUGCCGCCAUGAAAAGUGCACAUGUUGACUCCAUCAUGGUUCUUGCCGAACCAUUCUGUGCGGAAGGCGAAUACGAUUUCAAGCAACAAACUGUUUCUGAUAGAGUACGGGAUAACAUAGGGGUCAUGCUCAGAGAGCGAUUGACUCCCCCACCAGAAGAAACCUACGGUCUGCAUCGCAAGCUUAGCGGGGUCUUUUUGCUGUGUGCCCGUAUGGAAGCCAAAGUUCCGUGUUCGAGGCUGUUUAGGGAAAUUGUUGGAGAAUAAAUUAGCAUAGAAUGCAUGUAUA